AUGACUGGCCAAGAAGUAUCUCCCGGCACGGUGAUUACGCUGACCGAUGGACGGCAGGCUACAGUUCGUUUCAUCGGUCUCACCAACUUCGCGAAUGGAGAGUGGAUCGGUGUUGAAUUGGCCGAAGCCAGUGGCAAGAAUGAUGGUGAGGUUCAAGGAGAGCGAUACUUCAAAUGUGAACCAGGUUUCGGCAUGUUCAUUCGCCCAACGGCUGUUGGUACGGUGCUUCAACAACCCCCGCGGGAGAGUAAACAAACCGUCAGAGCCGCUCCCACUGCGACUGCCGGCAGACAGUCCCAGAUCGGAGCCACCGCAGGUGUGCGGAAAUCUGGUGCGCUGCCCCCGACGGCGAUUAAGCGCCAAAGCACGAAUGCAACUGGGACCCCGACACCGGCGCCGAAGGCCUCACGAUCAUCGCUCAGGUCCCCCACAAAGUCCCCGACAAAACAGUUAUCCUCGUCAACGGCACCCUCCAACCGCUCUUCGAUUGGUGGUGCUCCGCGUACCUCAACUGUUGCAUCCAACCGUCCACGAUUAGCUUCUACAGCUAGAUCCUCAGCGGGCCAAGCUACAUAUCAACCUGCUGCCUCCCGAGCGUCGCGCCCGUCUGUUUCUGGUCCGGCACUGAGAACUUCAAGACCGGGGUCCCACAGCACCGUUUCAGCGGCCGGUCUAUCGAAGCGUCCCUCUUUGCGGCAAACUGCCCCCACAAAGGCAUCCGAUGGAGUCGAAGCUGGCACAACCGGACCACUAGAAGAACCAACUGCCGCAGAGUUCCUUGACACUGAAGGAGAAGGGCCACAAAACGAGGAAGCCGCGCUGACACCAGCUCCAGCGACCGCACCCGCGCCCGCGCCCAAAUCAGCUAGACAGUCUUUGACGGCUACUCGUUCACCAGCGUCUCGUCCAGGGGCUGCGCCAACCAUGACACGUCAAACCCAGAAUGCUGCUACGGCCCGAGAGUUGGAGGAACUCCAAACCAGGCUCCGGGUAAUGGAGAAGAAACGGGCGGAUGAUCGCGAGAAACUCAAAAUGCUGGAACAAUUGCAGACGGAGCGCGACAAGUUCGAAUCGAUUAUCCAGAAACUACAAGCAAAGUACCAGCCACAGCAGAUGGAAAUCACGGAACUGCGCAAGAACCUCAAAGAAACCGAAGCACGUCUCGAAAAAUUGGAACGAGUUGAAGCCGAACACGAGUCUCUCAUGGAAAUGGCUACCCUUGAUCGGGAAAUGGCAGAAGAAACUGCCGAGGCUUUCAAGCACGAGUGUGAGACUCUGCGGCUAAAGUUGGAAGAGCUUCAACUAGAGGUCGAGGUUCUACGAGAGGAGAACGAGGAGUUUGGCCAGGUCACAAGCCCUGAAGAACGAUCUAGCCAAGGAUGGUUGCAGAUGGAAAAAUCCAACCAACGCCUUCGUGAUGCCCUGAUACGAUUGCGAGAUAUGACGCAGCAGCAAGAAUCGGACCUCAAGGCCCAAAUCAAGGAGCUUGAAGAGGAUCUCGAAGAGUAUUCUGCUGUCAAAUCCGACUAUGAAGCUACUAAGGAGAGACUUCUGGUCGCAGAGACCAAUGUGGACGACCUCAAGCAGCAGCUGGAAACCGCAUUGGGAGCCGAGGAAAUGAUUGAAGAACUGGCCGAUAAGAACAUGCGUUACCAGGAGGAGAUCAAUGAGCUCAAGAUUGCCAUCGAGGACUUAGAAGCACUGAAAGAAAUUACCGACGAGCUGGAGUACACUCAUAUUGAGACUGAAAAGCAACUCCAAGAAGAAAUUGACUACCGCGAUGGCCUUUUCACGGAACAUCUUCGCAAGAUUGCGCAACAGGACGAGGUGAUUGAGGAUCUGGAAUACACACUGUCUCGCUUCAGAGAACUGGUCACCAAUCUGCAAGGCGAUCUGAAAGAUAUGCAGGCGUCUCAACAGAUCACCGAAGCAGAGGCUACCGACCUGACAACCCGCUCACGGGCCAUGAUGGACUUGAACAUGAAGCUUCAGGCUUCCGUAUCGAAGUCGCAGACGAAAUCCAUUGAUGUGGAACUGAACCGUAUGGAUGCAGAAGAAGCUGCGCAGCACCUCGCUAUUGCGAAGCUCUACCUUCCGGAAUAUUAUGAAGGAGAGCGAAACUCGGUCCUCGCUCUUCUCCGUUUCAAGCGUGUCAGCUUCAAGGCCACUAUUAUGAAUAACACCAUUCGUGAGCGAAUUGCUGAGCAAUCAUCUAUCUCAACCCACGAGGAGAUCCUGUACGCGCAUGAGGUCUCUGAGCACCUUCUGUGGAUCUCGACUGUCUGUGGUCGCUUCGUGAAUUACAUCAAUGCUUGUUCACCGGAAGAAUUCGCCAAUAUAAAGGUAGCUCUGUUCGAGAUGGAACCAGUUGAGCGUACCUUGAACUUCUGGAUCGAAAACCUGAAGAAGAACGAAGUGAACACGAAGAAGCUUGCAGUGGAGUUGCAGCGAUCAAUUGCCUUACUUACGCACCUGACGGAAACCUUUCUUCCCUCCACCCCAGAGGUGUUCGCUGACGAGUUGUGCAUGCGGGCCAGUCUGUCCCAAUCGUACCUUGACCAUACGGCAGCAGUCGUUGCUCGGUUGAUAUCUUUAGUGCAGUCUAAGCUUCCGGCUCCGGGAGAGGGCAGUGAGACUACCGAGGAGGAAACGUUCGCUCUGAAACAGCUGGGCUCUUUUGUAUCUCAGGCUCGUGGGUACAAGGUUGCCAUGGGGAAGGUUUAUCGCUCUCUUGAAGAUUUGCGCUCUAGGUCCCUUGCACUCUCAGAGGACGCCGAUGGGCCAUUCAAAAAGGCCGAGACUUCCACCAGACAACUCUCAGAACUUGCUCGCAAAAUGAGCGAGAGUGUUGUGAGUCUUACCAGUGACGAGGCUCGUACUGAGCCUUAUACUAUGGAAGAGAUUUUGGACAGCAUGUCCCAGGCUGUCGCAGGUUUUGCGCAGACUUCUGACGGUGCUACCGUGUCUGAUGAUCCCGUGUCGUCGCUUGUCAAUAACCUGCGCGGCCUGGGUGCCCAAUUAGAAGAAAUCGACUCAAUCUCGGCGGAUCUCUCUCAUACAGCUGAAUUUGAAAGGGGUGCUUUCCCUUGGAUCGCCCGAUCAGAGGAACUGAAGUCCAAUAAGACGAUAUCGCCAGAUGCUGAUGAGGAGAUCCGCCGCCUGAGAAAUGAAGUCCAUGAAGUUUCUACUGCCCUCGGUGUGAAAGACAACACUCUUGAGGAACAAAGCAUUAAGAUUGAGCUUCUUGAAUCGCGCAUGCGUGAGGCAGGCAAGAAAGCUUCCAUGGUGAAAGACCUUGAAGCCAAGCUAGAGGACAUCCAGGCAACGAGCUCGGAACUUGAGAAAACUGUUGAGUCGCAGAAGAAAGAACUCCAAGCUGCCGAGGCGGAACGCGAUGAAUUCAAGGGCCGCCUAGAAAGGAUGAAGCGGAUCUCUGGAACCGCUGGUGUCACGACUACAGGCGGCGGCAUCGUCAUUGACAAUGAGGCCUCGUUGGCUGCAAUGCAGGAAAACGAAAGCCUUCGUGCCGAAGUCAAAAGCCUCCAAGCCGCUGUACGUUUCUUGCGCGAGGAGAGCCGUCGCGCCAGCCUUCUCGACCCCUAUUCGGUACAGCGGUCGACCGACAUGCACGCCUGGCUGGAUGCGCCACUCACCCAAGCUUCUCCUACAGUUGAGCAAGAGAAGAUCCAGCGCACUGCCCUGGAAAGUCGAGAUGUCCUCACCCACCUCCUCAAACUCACAAAGGACUCUCGUGUGUGCGAUCUAAAGUCAACUAUGGUAUCAUCCACCGAGGAUGAGAGCAAGGUCAGCCGCACUUCGUGGCGUCCGUCAAAAUCUCGCCUCCGCUACCAAGUGCUCCAGCAGCGCGAAGAUUUCGAGCACUGGUCCGAAUGGCGCGACGACAUUGUCCAUCACGAGCGCGAACAAGAUCGUCUUGCUGCUGCCAAGCGAGAGCGUGCGCUACGCGAUCGGCUGCCAAAGCAUGCUCACAAGGCCUCCGUUGAGUUCCCUCAGGGCCUGGGUCAUGGCAUGAUGGGCCGAGCGUGGCAGAUUCUUGGCAUGCAAAACGGCCACCAUAAGACUGCCUCCACCAGUGGAGCCGGACCGGAGGUGGAGAUUCUAUCUGUGGAGUGA